AUGUAUGAAAAUGUGUCGAAGGAGAAGGCCCUGAUAAAAUGCCUUCUGGAGCGAUACAUGCUAUACACUACGGUUGGCAGACCUGUCACAAACACCUCUGACAUUAUCUCUGUAGACUUUGGACUGAGUCUGAUUCAGAUAAUGAAUGUGGACGAGAAGAACCAGGUCCUGGAGACGAAUGUUUGGUAUACAUACCAAUGGAAGGACGCGCUGUUGACGUGGGAUCCAAAGCAAUUCGAUGAUAUCAGCAAAAUCAUGGUUUCCCCGGACGAUAUCUGGCUUCCGGAUAUUGUGUUAUACAAUUUCGCCGAUUCCCGGCUUAAAGAGCAGCGAUCUGCGUUAGUGAAUAUCUUCAGUGAUGGAACCAUUCUUUGGAUGCCACAGGCUAUUUUAAAGAGUACCUGUGCAUUCAACACUAAAUAUUUUCCGUUCGAUGAAAACGAAUGUCAUCUAAAAUUUGGGUCAUGGACUCAUGAUGGGACCAAAAUGGACUUGAAAUUUUUCGAUGGCAAAGAACAGUUGAUGGUUGAUGACUUUGUGCCAGGAAAUGAAUGGGAUAUAAUAGGUAACAGAGCGGAAAGGAAUGUUAAGCUGUACGAGUGCUGCAAAGAAACUCCUUUCUUAGACCUUAUGUUCUACAUGCGCCUGAAACGCAGGACGGCUUUUUACGGAUUCAUAGUGUUAAUCCCUUGUGCUUUGCUCUCGUGUCUGACGCUGGUUAUCUUCUGGGUUCCGCCUGAAGCUCCCGCUAAACUGAUGCUUGGAAUGAACAUCUUCAUGGCUUUUUUCCUUCUUCUGGUUGUUUUGUCUAAAUCUACGCCAAAAGCAGCGGAGUCUAUACCGUUAAUUGGUGCAUAUUUCUGUCUGUCUAUGGUGAUGAUCACCAUGUCAACCGUCUUAGCAACGGUGGUCGCCAACAUGUUCUUCAGAGGAGUCAGGCUCAACAGGGCGCCAAAGUGGCUUCGAAUGCUGAUGAUUGACGGGAUUGCACGCAUACUGUGUUUGAGGAAGGAUCUUAUAGAAAACGAACCGUCAAAACCUGUACAUGCAAACAAAAACAACUAUGCAUACCACUCAACUACGAAAACUAUCGCCUGCGAAAUGGUGUACUCGGAAGCGCAACUCCUAGACAACGGUCGAGAAAACCGCAACCAAAACUUCGAAAUGUCUUCAAAAGAAGACGUACAACAGAAUGGCAUAUUUCUUGGCGACGACAUUCACGAGAUCACGUUUUCUCCAAACCUUUCCGACGAUAUUAGAUUUAUAAGGGAAGAGUUGGAACAAGUCCGCAACAAAAAGGCCAAAGUGGAUCAGAAGGAAAAAUGUCUGCGAGAAUGGAAGGUCAUAUGUUGUGUCACUGACCGGGUGUUCUUUAUAUGCUAUCUUCUGAUAAACAUAAUAGGCAUCGCGGUAAUAAUUUUUUGAAAAAUAUGUUUAUAUAUGGUGUUUGUUUGACCAUUACUUAAAGGGGCCUUUUCACAGAUUUUGGCAUGUAUUGCAGUUUGUCAUUGAAUGCUUUAUAUUGAUAAAUGUAAACAUUGGAUGUAAAAAGCUACAGUAAAAAUAACAAGAAUAAAAACAAAGAAAAAAAAAACACCCUCAACUGGGCUCGAACCAAUGACCACUGCAGUAAAAGUCUAUCGCUUACACUACUCGGCUAUAAGUCUAUCGCUAUCCGUGCUCUUACGAUGACUGAUGUAUUUUAUACUUUAUAUAAGCAAUCAUCGUAGUAUCACCAAAUAUAACGACAGCAACAGAACUCUCAAAAUUAUUCAAUCGUUUCGCGUUGCAACGCUUUAUAAUUUUCAGGAUUUUAAAUCGCCAAAGAUGCAUUUAAUGGAUAUUUUAGAGCACGGUAAAUGUUCAGUAUUACUGUUUCCUCAUAAAUAUAAUAACUACACCGAAAAUUUGCGAAUCUCAAAUAUUUCUUUUAAUUUUGUCAAAUGGACAAAACGUGAAAAGGCCCCUUAAAAAAGCAAUACUUUUAUUUCUUCCUCAC